AUGGUCAAGUACGACGAGACCGAGGACGAUGAGGAGAACCCGCCGGACUACAGGGGCAUGCGCCAGCUCCAGCAGCAGUACCAGUGGUCGCACGAGUGCCUGGACGCGGGCGCGGCCGCCUACGCCAAGCGCAAGUAUCGCGCCGCGGUGGACCUCUACGCCGCGGCGUAUCGCCACAGCGGAGGGUCCUCCGGCUCGUUCUCGUUUCGAUACUACUGCGUCGUGAUGGUCACCAACGGUUUGACCCAAACCGACCUGAACGCCACCGAGAAGGACAUCCGGUUCCUGAAGGAGGUGCUCGCGGACGAGAACGAGGAGCACGCGUCGCGCGUGCGCGUCGCCGUCGUCCUCGGCGCCCUGGCUACCAACAUCACCGACUCCGUCACCAACCUCCGCCGCGCGCUAGAGAUCUCCGUCACCAUGUCCAAGGACCAGCGCGAGGCGCGCGUCGUCGGCCCGGAUCCCAAGGAGGACGCUGACAAGUUCUCUCAGGAAACUUCGAUGGUGCAAACCCAGCAGGGCGUACUCGUCGACGCGCUCGCUCAGGAGGCUCGAGAUCACCUGACGCGCAUCGUGGGCGCGGACGCCAAGGAGCUCCAGGUGAAGGUACCCGAGCUUCCCCCGCCGGCGCCGCCGUCGAUAUGCGAUCCUCCCGGUCCCGCCCCUGAGGAGCGCCCCCCGGCGCCGAAGUCCGAGAAGGAGGUUAAAAAGAUGGCCAAGGAGAAGAAAAAGCAGGAAGCGUUGCUCGAGGCGCAGAAGGAAGCCGCGCGAAGGGAGCGCGCGCUGGUCAGGGGGCGCUACGCGAUGGGCAUGGACGAUCCGACCGCCGCCGACCGCCUGUUCAUCGCCGCGCCCGACCUCGGACUGGAGCAGGCCAAGAUCGACUCGAUGCUCAAGUGCUACAUGUGCGGCGAGUGCGCGCUCCCUCACGAGCCCCACGAGUUCUGCUCCAAGUGCCACCUCGCGUGUUACUGCAGCAGGGACUGCCAGAAGCAGCACUGGAAGUGGCGUCACAAGCGCGAGUGCAGACCCAAGGAGGACUUCAAGCCGGGCGACUACGCGUGCCUCGACGCGAAGAAGGUGGUCAACCCGGCCGAGUACGACGACCUCGCCCAGCACGUCGGCGUCGGGCACGGCAUCUGGCUCAUCGUCGGCGUCCUCGCUUCGUACGACGAUGGUCACAACGUGAGGGUCACGAUGGACGGCAGGGACGCCACGAGCAAGGUGUUCGGCCGCGAGGUGCUGUGCCGGCUCCCGCCGUCGUCCCCGGACUUUAACCCGCAGAAGCUUCCGUUGACGCCCAAGUGA